AAUGAGAGAACACAAUCAGUGAGAGAGUAACAGUUAACCAUUUUCUCCAUUAAAUCCGAUUAUGUAUUUGGCGCUUUUUCCAACACAUGGAAAUGCAAAUGUUUACAUUUCCAUUUCAAAGUGAAUUUGUUUUCAUUUCUCAUUUUAAUCAACUGAUUUUUCUUGUAUUCUAAUUCUGAAUUUUCUGUCUAAAUUAAUCCUGAAAUCGGUGUUAUAAUUAACUUCUAAUUGUGACCAUCAUGGACAAAAAAUCUUUACAACAAUUACUCCUUGACAGUUUACCUGAUUGUGAAAACUAUGAGCGCAGUUUCAUGCAUUUAGAUACAAUUACUCACUUAAUUGUUACUCGAUUAACCGAUUUUAUUAUUACAGCCUCGAUUGAUGGAACAAUUAAAUUUUGGAAAAAGUUACCUGGACAGAUUGAAUUUGUUAAACACUACAAGGCCCACCGAGGACCAAUCAUUCAUUUGGCCGCUUCUGGUGAUGGGACUUUACUUGUUUCCAUUUCAAAAGAUUUAACCAUGGAUAUUUUUGAUAUAAUCAAUUUCGAUAUGAUAAAUAUAUUUAAUCUUGAUUAUCUGCCACUUACAUGUGAAUGGAUCUACUCUCCUGGUGAUGCUACACAAGGAUUGGCCUUAUCACAAGAAGAUAAACCUUUAAUCAAUAUUUACGAUGGUAAAGAAAGUAAAAUUCCCAUUAAAGUGUUGGAUAAAAAUCAUAUGGGUCCAGUGGUCGCAAUUAAAUAUAAUCAAGUCUUCUCAACGGUCAUUUCCAUUGAUAAAACCUCCAUGAUUGAAUAUUGGUCAUCAGCUCAGUAUGAUUAUGUUUUUCCCGAAGAUCGGGUUGACUUUAAAUACAAAACAGACACCGAUUUAUAUGAAUUGGCUAAAGAAGAGACGAAAAUAAUUGAUUUAACUUUCACCGAAAAUGGACUUUACUUUGCAACACUUUCGGCUGAUCGUAAAAUCCGAUUAUUCAAAUUUAAAACGGGCAAGAUGAUUAGAGUUUUCGAUGAAAGUUUACCGAUAUUCUGUAACCUACAAUCAGAGAAGAAAGUAUUACCACCAUAUGAAUUUAAUCGUCGAAAAGCAAUCGAAGAAGACUUGGAGCGAUCAGAGGCAUUUUCUCAUCAAACAAUUUGCUUCGAUAAAAGUGGAACCUUUUUAAUUUAUCCAACACCACUUGGAAUUAAAAUGAUCGAUUGGUCAACCAAUAGAUGUCAUCGAGUUCUUGGUAAAGGUGAAAACUUUCGACCACUAGGAUUGGCCUUAUACCAGGGUAUUCCAAAUAAACCGGAAGGAUCGGCGACAUUGAGCAGUCUAACUGCUGAGAAUCAUAAUUUAGAGGAAAGAUUUCAAGCUGAUCCAUCACUUUUUGUCUCUGCAUUUAAAAAGAAUCGUUUCUAUAUCUUUUCCAAGCGUGACCCUGAGGCCAAUGACGAUGGUCUCGGUGAUCGAGAUAUAUUCAAUGAGAAACCACCGAAAGAAGUAAUGAUCUCCGCUAUAGAAUCUUCAUCUAAAUCUCGAAUCUUUGAGUCAGCAGUAAUUCAUACAUCUAUGGGCGAUAUUCAUGUUAAACUAUUUCCCAAAGAAGCUCCUAAAGCUGUUGAAAAUUUCUGUGUCCAUGAAAACGGUUAUUUCAAUGGUCACAUAUUUCACCGAGUUAUCAAACAAUUCAUGAUUCAGACUGGAGAUCCAACCGGAACUGGAACCGGUGGUGAAUCAAUUUGGGGACAUGAUUUUAUCGAUGAAUUUCACCCUAACCUUAAGCAUGAUAAACCUUACACCCUCAGUAUGGCCAAUUCAGGACCAAAUGCCAAUGGGUCACAAUUUUUCAUCACCGUUGUUCCUUGUCCAUGGUUGGAUAAUAAACACACGAUAUUUGGACGAGUCUUCAAAGGAAUGGAAACUUGUCAAAACAUCAGUCAAAUGAAAACAAAUCAACAAGAUAAACCUCACGACGAAAUUAAAAUAAUCAAUAUUGCCCUAAAGUGAUAACCAUCAUUGUUAAUUUGAUUGUCUCUUC